AAUGUGUUUUGUUGGUUGCACAAAAGAAAAACAUUGGAACCGACCAAAAAAAAAAAACAUUGGAACCGACCAAAAAAAAAAACAUUGGAAAAUCGUACCUCAAAAUGCAAUAACCAAACAAACCUUCUCAUAUGGAUCCUAUAGUAUGGUUAUUUCCGGUUUAGUUGGUUCGGUUCUGUACCGAAAUUAUAUCGAGCGUUUUAACGUUAUCCAGAACGAAGCAGAGUAACGAAGAGUCAUGGCGAUGCUUUUUCGACCUCCUCCUUCACAAUGUAGAAGCUUCUCUCCUUUUGUCUUCAACUACAGCUCCAGAGAAGUUUCUUCGUCGUCUCGUCUCUCCUUGAAAACCUCCGGCGACGAAGAAAACUGGGUUUCACGUUUCCGGUCGAAAUCUCUCAGUUUGGUGUUCUCUGGAGCUCUUGCUCUCGGUUUAUCUCUAUCAGGCGUGGGGUUUGCAGAUGCAAAAGUUGGUGUUAACAAACCAGAAUUGCUUCCUAAAGAGUUCACUUCUGUUAUAGAUGUUGCUGAUUUCCUCUCUAAUGGUCAGGAGAAGAGAAUUGCUCAAGAAAUCGCUAAUCUUGAGAAAGAUACAGGAUUCAAGUUGAGAGUCUUGGCUCAAAACUAUCCCGUUACCCCUGGACUAGCAAUCAAAGAUUUCUGGCAGGUGGAUGAUAGCACAAUUGUGUUUGUCGCUGACCCGACUUUUGGGAACAUAUUGAAUUUCAAUGUUGGAGCUACGGUUGAUUUAGACAUACCUCGUAGUUUCUGGAGUCGACUGGCUGGGAAAUACGGCAAUAUGUUUUACUGGAAAGAGAAGGGAGAAGAUGCAUCUAUUGAAGCUGCAGUGAUGGCGAUAUCAAGUUGCUUACGAGAACCAGUUGGUCGAAACAACUGUGCAGAGAUCCAAUGAAGUAUAUGACCCCAUCAAGCGUAUAUGUUAUUAUCAUAAUAUCAUUGUAUAGAUUGGCACCAAAGAGAUACAGAAUUUGUAAGAAUGAAUCCACGUCUAGUAGUAACCUCUCUCCAUUUCUCAGCUUCACCUACUCAAACAAACAGUUUCAAUUGGUUACUUGUAUCUUUUAAAACAAACAAAUAGAGAAACCAAAAUCAAUAAACUGGAAUAAGAUAUUUCAAAUUGUAACAGCGAA